AUGGCUUAUUAUUCGCAGAACGGACAGGGUUAUGGUCAAGGAGAGUAUGGUGGUGAGUACGGCUACGAACAACGUGGGGAGGGUGGAUAUCCCCAACAAGGAGAACAGAGGUAUGCACAGUAUCCCCAAGAGGGUCAUCAACAGGGAUAUGGUCAGUACCCUCAACAGGGUUAUGAAGAAGAAUAUGGUGGACGAGAGAGGGAAGAGUAUGAUGGGAGAGAAGAUGCGGCCGGAUAUACCCCACCAGGAGAAAUCCAACAAGCUUAUCAGCCACCAUACGGACAAGAACGUGAUUAUGCUCCUCAAGGCCAAGGUCAAGGACAGGGACAAUACUUUGAAUAUUCUCGAUGUAAUGGGAAGAAAAAAGCGUUGUUGAUUGGGAUCAACUAUAUUGGUUCGGAUAAUGAACUGAAGGGAUGUAUAAAUGACGCACAUAACGUCGAGAGGUUUAUCUGUGAACGAUUCAGAUACGAUCCUUCGGAUAUAGUCAUGUUGACAGAUGAUUCCCCCGACCCUAGAGCUUUGCCUACUAAGGAGAAUAUGAUAAGAGGUAUGGAAUGGUUAUGUGCGGAUGCUCAAAGAGAUGACAGUUUAUUCUUUCAUUAUUCGGGACAUGGAACACAGGUACAGGAUGAAAAUGGGGACGAAGAAGAUGGGAUAGAUGAAGCUAUCUGCCCAAUGGAUUUCCGAGAUGCUGGUUUGAUAAUUGAUGAUGAUAGUGACUUCCAACUUCUCGUCCGACCUCUACCUGCCGGAUGCAGGCUCACAGCCAUCUUCGAUUCUUGUCAUUCUGGCACAGUAUCUGAUCUUCCUUAUGUCUACACCACAGAAGGAAAGAUCGAAGAUGCCAACUAUCUCGCCGGUGCAGAAAACGGUCUUCUCGGGGCUGGUUUAGCUUUCUUCAGAGGAGAAAGAUCUGAAGGCGUAAAAGAUUUGAUUGGGAUUGCUAAAAGCGCUUGGAACGUCAAACAGGCUGAACAGAGGAAUAGGAGUCAAAAUACCGCCCCUGCGGAUGUUAUCAUGUUUUCUGGCUGUUUGGACUCGCAAACUUCCGCCGACACACAAGAAGCAGGUAGAGCUACCGGUGCCAUGUCAUACGCUUUCAUCGCCGCCUUGACCAAAUACCCAAAGCAAAGUUAUCAACAAUUGUUAUGUACCAUACGGGAAGAACUGGAAGGAAGGUAUUCACAAGAUCCUCAAUUAUCAGCUUGUCAUCCGAUCGACACGGAGCUCGAGUUUGUGGCCUAG